CUCUCUCUCUCCCCCCUUCUUUCUAUCGAUCGAUUUGUUCGUCAUAUUGCGGAGGUCGUAGCAACCGAUACCAACUCCGCGAAGCGGCCGGAAACUUUUGCACAUAGAUUAUAUUACUCUUGUACGCAUCGGGAAGAGAGGUCUAAAUCUAAGAUGGGUACUGCUGGAAUGAACUAUAUCGAAGACCAUGCUGCUGCUGAGGUGCUUUCUGAUCAGUUACAUUCACCAGAUUCCCCUUGCAGAAAUGGUAUUUAUGAUGAACCACUGAUACGUCCUCGCCUAGGAGAUCAGCACCAAGUGCAGAUUCCAGAACUAGCAACACAGUCAUGCCUGAUUAGUACCAGAAACAUGCUUACUGUUGACUAUCAUGUCGGAGUAGGAUCAGCCAUUCCAAUUAUGUGGAUGCACCAUGUAGGUGAUGUUACCGAAGAUGAACAGAAAGAAUUUUCUUGUUCUGACAUUAGUUCCAUUAAGGGUGGGUCAGUGGCGCAUACAAACACUGGAAAAAGCCAAGCUGAUCCUGGAUAUAAGACUAUGAGUCAAUUUCCAGCAGAAAGUUCAAGCGGCCAUUCUACGUAUCUUCUAAGUCUUGCAUGCACAGAUGAAUGCACUGACUUAGCAAAUUGUUGCGGGUCUGAUGGAUCUACAACAACGAAAAGCAUUCCCUUAGAGAAUAAGAUACAUAGUGGUGCUCCUCUGCUGCAGCAUAAUGAAGCCAAAGGUUACAAUCCAUCGCCUGGCAUGCCAUCUUCCUCGUGGAGUGAGGAUGAGUCACAAAGUUUUCUUCUUGGUCUUUAUAUUUUUGGAAAGAAUCUUGUUCAAGUGAAAAAUUUUGUUGGGUGUAAGAAGAUGGGAGACAUACUGUCUUACUAUUAUGGAAAGUUCUACAGAUCUGAUGCAUAUCGUAGAUGGUCAGAGUGUAGAAAGGUAAGAAGCAGGAGGUGCAUUCUUGGACACCGUAUCUUUACUGGAUGGAGACAACAGGAAAUCUUGUCACGUGUACUACCUAAAAUACCAAAAGAAGUCCAAGAUUCUUUGUUGGAGGCUGCAAAUAUAUUUAAUGAGGACAGAACUUCUUUGGAGGAAUUUGUUUGCACUUUAAAGACAACAGUUGGUAUGCAAAAUCUGGUUGAAGCCAUUGGAAUUGGUAAAGAAAAGAAUGACCUUACUGGCAUAAUUUUGGAUCCAGUUAGAUCAAAUCAAUCAUUGUCUAGUCGCCCCGAGAUACCUGUUGGCAAAGCAUGUUCUUCUCUUACUUCUGGAGACAUCAUAAAGUUUUUAACAGGUGAUUUCAGGUUAAGCAAGGCAAAGUCAAAUGAUCUCUUUUGGGAAGCAGUUUGGCCUCGUCUAUUAGCCAGGGGUUGGCAUUCAGAGCAACCAAAAGACAUUAAUUCUGUUGCAUCCAAGCAUUCAUUAGUGUUUCUUAUCCCUGGUGUAAAGAAAUUUUCGAGAAAAAAGCUUCUCAAAGGCAAUCACUACUUUGAUUCUGUUAGUGAUGUCCUAAGCAAAGUAGCAUCAGACCCCAGGCUUCUGGAGUUGGACACUGAAGGAGCCACAGGAUGCAGCACAGCAAAGGAUGAAAAUGAGUGUGCCCCGAGUACUAAUUUAGACCAAAAUGGUCUGCUUGAUCGCAAACAUCACUGCUAUCUCCGUCCGAAGGUUCCCAUUUGCAAUUCUGAAUUUAUGAAGUUCACUAUUGUGGAUACUAGUUUGGUCCAAGGUGAAGGACCUUUCAAGGUGAGAGAACUCAAGACUCUACCCAUUGAUGCCAUUAGCAAUCUUGGCCCUUUAACUGAUACAGGAGUGAUAGUCAGUGAUAGUUCAGAAGAUUCAAAUGGUAGCUCAUCAAAUGAUCAGGGAGAUACUGAUCCAGACUCAUCUGACAAUAAGAAGCCGAAUGUAAGCCGAAAGUGCAUCAUUGGCAAGGCAGUGCACCCUGAUUCACGUGAGAAUGUGAUUACUUUUUCAAGCACAAAACUACCAACAAAUGGGCAUAUUUUGAUGAAUCAAUGCGUUGAGCAGUUAAAUGAAAAACUGCCAGUAAAAGAUAUUAAGUGUCAGUUCAGUCGCAGGGCAAAAUCUGGUGAACAAUCUUGUUUAGCACCUAAUGCAAAACGAAGAAAGUUGACUGCCUGCAAGUAUGAACGAACUGGUCGUCGUGCUUACUCUUUUCCAAAAAGUCAUCAACUAAUGGGGGAAGGUGCUGAACCCGAGUUGGAAGCACAGGAAGCAAGCAGCAACACUAUUACACAGGGGAAGAUCUCUUCUGGCUUUCCAAUUAAUAUUAGUCUAGAUGAGGUAGACAGCAAGUGUGAUUCUGAGGAACAAUCCUGUUGUGAUGCUGCUACAUUUGAUGUCUCUAGUGAAAUGCCUAGAUCACGAACUCUGAUCGAUCUAAAUCUACUACCAAAUGUUCCACUGGAUUAUGAAACUGGUGAGCAUUCCAACUCAGAGGUGGGUGGUAGUAAGCAUGAUUUGAAUUUUGAGGAAGCUGUGAAGUUGUCAGAGACAAAGGAGCAGCAUGAUGGUUCUGGAGCAAUGGAGAAUCUUGUUGGAGCAAUUGGUGAUCGACAACCUUCUGUCAACACUCGGAGGCAUAGCACCAGGAGCCGUCCUCCAACCACCAAAGCUUUAGAAGCUCUUGCAUGUGGGUUUCUUGGGAACAAGCGGAGGGGAAGGGACUCAAGGGACAUACUGUCAGGUAACAUGCCCAACAAGUCCUCUCGUCGUGUCCGUAAGACUGUUGAAGCCAAACCUCAAACUCCAUCAACUAGUAUUAACAGUUCCGAAUAUGGACUUUCAAAUGGCACAAUCGAUGACUGGUACAGCGGCAACACUCACCAUAUAGGUGCGUUAAGUGACUCCUGUGUCCAGCCUGAGGGUAACAGAACUCAUGAAUUGCUUGGGAUUCCUUAGCAUGACUAUAGUUCCAGUCUAAAAAAAGAACAACAAUUAGGAUAACUAAGAGAUACUUUAUGUGUCCAAGAGUCAGCGACACGGCAGUUUGGUUCUUCACACCUCUGACAAUGGAGCAGCUGAUGUUGAAACAUAACCAAAACAU